AUAAAAAAAAAAAUGGCGCCGGCGGCGGCGGCGGCGGGAGAGAGAAAGCUCGCCGCAGCACUCCGCCUGCUCGCCGCCGGGCGCGGAUCCGGCCGCGUCCCUCAGGUGCGGGCCCCUCCAUGCGAGAGCAGUUACCUUCCCCACCGGUCCUACUCCGCGGCGAAUACAGGAGAAAGCGGAAGCUCCACUUAUGGCUGGAAGAGAUCGCGGGCCCGGAGGAUCGUGUCUAUUGGGGUUAUCAGCAUCGCCGGCGGCGUCGCGCUUAGUGCCCUCAACGACCUCGCUAUAUUCCAUGGAUGCAGCAGUAAGGCGAUUAAGAAGGCUACUGAGAACAGAGAAGUUGUAGAAGCAAUUGGGGUGCCUAUAGUAAGAGGACCAUGGUAUGAUGCAUCUCUUGAUGUCAGUCAUCGACGGAGAUCUGUAUCAUGCUCAUUCCCAGUGUCUGGGCCACAGGGCUCAGGAAUUUUUCAAUUCAAAGCUAUUCGGAAUGGAGAAGAUGGUUUUCUCUCCUUUCUACGGCAUCAUGACUGGGACAUACUUAUCAUGGAGGCUCAUUUACAUGUGCCUUCAGAUGACGAUAAGCAGAAAACGCUCAAGAUAGAUCUUAUAGGUGGUCCUGAUCAUCCUAGUAGAGUAUCUGAUGGUAAGAGCACUCCUGGGGAAUGCAAAGAAAUGGAGAGUUAAGCUAUAUAUCAUCCUGUGGGAACUUGAUGCAGACACAAACAACCUGCCUUUCUGUCAGCAGUCAACACUUCGGAAAGAGUAAGAUCAUAUGUUGAUCUUUGUGAUGUGUAUGCACUGAUGUACACAAUUCGAUAUGGAUUAGGAUUUAUUUAAGAAAAUAGGGACUGGGACUUGCAGUGACAAGAUCUAUCUGAGAACUUUUAUCAUGCGUACGUCAGCUAGCUAUGAGUGUGCCGUUGUUACGAGGAGCUGAUUCAAGUUGAGAAAAACUGUGGAGUUAGGGCGCUGACAGAGAAACCAGGGAGUUUUUCCUAUUUGCUGCGAAAUUGUUGAGUUGCAAACGGUGGCUCAGUUUUCUUCAGACGACCCCCGGACCACGGUAGUCAGUUAGACACUAGCAAUCUGCGUCAUACUGUACUAAACUUCUGUUUUGGCCUGUGCUGCAUCGCACCAUGUUGACUACCUGGGCUUAGCUUUGGAUUGGGUUGCCAUAAGUUUCGAAAUAAAUCGAUCAAGUUGUAUAUUCGUCUGGUUCCACGCAUGGUGGAGUCUUACUGGUAAUCAGCAUCUAUAUCCUGCAAUUUGACUUUAUCUGCAAACUUUGAGUGUUGAUGUCAUUUGACCAUG